AUGUCAACAUGUCACCGGCUCCUCCGGCUGCCUGCCUCGAGGCGAGCACUAUCAACUACCAAAACCACAAGCAAACCAUGGCUCCCCUCUCAGUCAUAUACCCGCCUCUCACCAACACCACGACAUCUCUCCCUCCAGCUCUCCACCCCCAGGUCCCUCAUAGCCUACCACACAACCUCUAAACUUCUAACUCAGACCACAACCACUCCAGCUCCCUCCCCCCCACCACAAAUCUACACCCCCCCCUCAACCGGCCUCCUCUCCCUCCUCCCCCCUAGUUGGGUCCCCUACGCAGAACUAAUCCGCCUCGACAAGCCCGCCGGAACCUACUACCUCUACCUCCCCUGCCUCUUCUCCACCCUCCUCGCCGCCCCCCUCUCCCACUCCCCCCCCUCAACCGUCCUCACCUACUCCCUCCUCUUCCUCUCCGGCGCAAUCAUCAUGCGCGGAGCAGGCUGCACAAUAAACGACCUCUGGGACCGCAACCUUGACCCGCACGUAACCCGCACCCGCCUCCGCCCCAUCGCCCGCCGCGCCAUAACCCCCCUCAACGCCCUCCUCUUCACCGGCGCCCAGCUCCUCACCGGCCUCGCCAUCCUCCUCCAAUUCCCCACCUCCUGCUUCUACUACGCCACCCCCUCCCUCCUCCUCGUCACCCUCUACCCCUUGGCAAAAAGAGUAACCUACUACCCCCAGUUCGUCCUCGGACUCACCUUCUCCUGGGGCGCCAUCCUAGGUUUCCCCGCUCUGGGCGUGGAUCUCCUAUCCAACACCGCAGCCUUGACCGCAGCAGGUCUCUUAUACGGGAGUAAUGUUGCCUGGACGGUCUUGUACGACAUGAUCUACGCCCAUCAGGACAUCAAGGAUGAUGCCAAGGCCGGCAUCAAGAGUAUUGCGCUCAAGCACGACAAGGAGACGAAGCAGGUUCUUACCGGGUUGGCGGUCGUGCAAGUUGCCUUGUUGGCGGGAGCCGGAGUUGCCACGGGGGCGGGGCCGGCGUUCUUCAUUGGGGGUUGCGGUGGUGCAGCCGCUACGCUGGGCUUCAUGAUCAAGAGGGUCAACUUGAAGAGCGUCAAGGAUUGCUGGUGGUGGUUUGUGAAUGGGUGCUGGAUCACGGGAGGUGCCAUCAGCUUGGGGUUGGGGGCGGACUAUUUGGUUAGGUAUUAUUCUGAGGACGAGAAAGCAGUCGAGAAGGAGGAACAGUAG